AACUCAGCAGAAUAACUUAAAACCCGUGUUACUGUAGCUGCAUUAGCAGCAGGGCUAUGUGUAGUGGUUAGCACAGUAGCUAACGCGCGCGCUGAUGAUACAGCCGGUUGAAUAGUGGAUGAGUGAAUACAUGAGCGUUAUAACGCGUUAUUACUGAGAUUCAUCAUGAUACAGCGCUGCUUACAGAGCACCAGGAGACUGAGCUCUCUUCAGUCUGUUAUUACACAUCAUGUGGAUGUUAUGGAUGGGUUUCUGUCUAACAGAGGGGCGCUGAACUGUCCCUCAGCACUGCGAGGAUGGAGAGGAUUUUCGGUGUCACUAUGGCCCUUCAAUGCCCAACCGCGAGACUUCAGCAUGCCCAACGCGUCCUGGAGCAAAGAGAUGAUGGACGUCUACGAUCGUUACAAUGCUCUGUGUGAGGGACCGACCGAAAACGGCGAGAAACAGACAGCAGCACCCUGGUGCAGGCUUCCCAGUUACAACCGCACUCUCAAAUAUACUACAGGGGGCGUAUACCUGAGCAAAGUGAUUCAGUCCAAGGCUCGAUUCUUCACCCGGAGCGAGAAGGAGCAGGGAGCGGCGUUCGAGUACGUGGUCUUCAUGAACAAGCAGGAGAAGAGAUGCGUGUGUGCGUUACAGUCCGGGCAUUUACUGGAAGGGCCUCCCGGGCAUGUGCACGGCGGAGCGAUCGCCUCCAUGAUGGAUACAGUGACGGGCACUCUCGCCGGUUACUUUUCGGGUCCUGUUAUGACCGCCAACUUCAACAUCAACUAUCGUAGUCCGGUCCCGCUGGGCAGCGUGGUUUUGAUCCACAGUGCUCUGGACAAGAUCGAGGGCAGGAAAAUCACCGUCACCUGUAGAGUAACCAGCGCUGACGAAGCCAAACUGCAUACAGAGGCGACCGCUCAGAUCGAGGUGAUACCCUGUAAGAUCUGUGGAGAUAAAUCCUCAGGUGUUCAUUAUGGUGUCAUCACCUGUGAGGGCUGUAAGGGUUUCUUUAGGCGGAGUCAGUCCUCCAGCGUUCAGUACUCCUGCUCCCGACAGAGUAACUGUCCUAUCGACCGUGCCAGCAGGAACCGCUGCCAGAGCUGCCGCCUGAAGAAAUGUGUGGCUCAGGGGAUGAGCCGAGACGCCGUGAAGUUCGGCCGGAUGUCCAAACGUCAGAGAGACUCUCUGUUCGCCGAAGUCGAGCGUCACCGGCAGCAGCAGCAGCGUCUUCAGGCCAGCCAGCCCGAGACGGAGCCGCUCCCGACCUACAGACCCAACAAAGAGCCCCGAAACCACCCGCCCCACCUCAUCCAGCCCCUGGUCCCUACAUUCUCUUACCCGCUGGACAGAGAGCUCGGCUGCUCGUCUGAGGUCCACCACCCGUACCAGUGCGGCGGUCCGGGCGAGGACCAGGGGGCGGCGCUGGCUCACAGGAGGGCUCAGAGGGGCGGAGAGGCCAGCAGCAGCAGCUUUUCAACAGUGAGAGGCUUUGACUCCAGACGGUCCACACCCGAGUCCGUUCUGAGCUUUCCGGGAAAUGACACGGGGUUCCAUGUUUUCGAAACGGAGAGCCUGUUCUGCCCCUACUCUACCUCGAUGCAUAUAGAGGAAUUGUGUAUGAGCAUCGUACGCUCUCACAGAGAGACGAGUCAGUAUCGGGUGGAGGAACUUCAUGCUCUCAAGUGGAAGCAAUUCAGCAGUGAGGAGAUUUAUGCCUACCAGAGCAAAUCUAUGGAUGAGAUGUGGCAGCACUGUGCCAUUCGCCUGACCGACGCCGUGCAGUACGUGGUGGAAUUUGCUAAACGGAUCCCAGGUUUCCGUCAGCUGGGUCAGAACGACCAGAUCGCUCUGCUGAAGAGCGGUUCUAUGGAGGUGGUUCUGGUCCGUAUGAGCAGGAUGUUUAAUACUGAAAACGGCACCGUCUUUUUUGAUGGCAAGUUCGCUGGACCUGAGAUCUUCAAGUCUCUUGAAUGUGCUGAUUUUAUUGCCUGUGUGUUUGAGUUUGCCCGGAAUCUCUGCGCUCUGCGGAUGACUGAGCAGCAGGUGGCGCUGUUUAGUGCUCUUGUGUUAAUAAAUGCAGAUCGGCCGUGUCUGGAGGACAGAGACAGAGUGUUAAGAGUGAGAAAAGAAAUGGAACUGGCGCUCCUUCACAUCCUUCACAGAGACAACCAGGAAAGUCUACUGCACAAGCUCUACCAGAAGGUGGCGGUGCUGAAGAGCCUGUGUGCGCUGCACAUGGAGAAGCUACGUCACUUUCGCCAGUUCUACCCGCUCACCGCACACUCGCUGUUCCCUGCUCUGUACCGGGAACUGUUCGUGUCGGACACCGACGUCCACACCAUGGCUAGUCUCUGA